CCCUCCCUCCCCUCUCCGGUAACUGCCGCCUCCGGCUGCCGCUAGCGCCGUGGCCGCGCCUGAGGAAGGAGCCAGGAGUUGGGACUGGAGCUGGAGCUGAGAACCAGACACUAUGUCUUCUGUUGCUUCGUCAAAAGAAGAUACAAUGUCACCUGAAAAAGCAGAUGAGAAAGAACCUGAAACUGAAAACAAAGCUGAGGAAAGUGAUGAGGAUGAAGAGGAGGAGGAAGAGGAGGAGGAGGAAGAAAAGGAAAAGAGUCUCAUUGUCGAAGGAAAAAGAGAGAAAAAGAAGGUAGACCGGUUGACUAUGCAAGUGUCUUCCUUACAAAAGGAACCUUUUACAAUUACACCAGGAAAAGGACAAAAACUCUGUGAAAUUGAAAGGAUACAGUUCUUCUUGAGUAAAAAGAAGACAGAUGAACUUAGGAAUCUACACAAACUCCUCUACAACAGACCAGGCACCGUUGCUUCCCUAAAGAAGAAUGUGGGUCAGUUCAGCGGAUUUCCAUUUGAAAAAGGAAGUGACCAAUACAAAAAGAAGGAAGAAAUGUUAAAAAAAUUUAGGAAUGCAAUGUUGAAAAGCAUCUGUGAAGUUCUUGAUUUGGAGAGAUCAGGAGUUAACAGUGAACUGGUAACCAGAAUCCUAAACUUUUUAAUGCACCCAAAGUCUUCAGGCAAGCCAUUGCCAAAGUCCAAAAAAACCCCAAGCAAAGGUGGCAAAAAAGAACGUAGUAGCACUGGAACAACAAGAAAGGCAAAACGCACCAAAUGUCCCGAGAUCUUGUCAGAUGAAUCUAGCAGUGAGGAAGAUGAGAAGAAGGAAAAGGAUGACUCUUCUGAAGAAAAAGAGAGCGAAGAGGAGCCUCCUAGGAAAGCAUCUAAAAGAGAAAGAUCUAAAAAGACGCCUUCUAAAACCAAGAAACCUGUGAAGGGUGCUAAUGUCAAGAAAGCAGAUAGCAGCACUACUAAAAAGAGUCAGAACAGUUCUAGGAAAGAGACCGAGUCUGAGGACAGUUCAGAUGAUGAACCAUUAAUUAAAAAGCUGAAGAAACCACCUACGGAUGAAGAGCUUAAGGAAACUAUCAAGAAGUUGUUGGCCAAUGCAAACUUGGAGGAGGUUACAAUGAAACAGAUUUGCAAGGAGGUCUAUGAAACCUAUCCUAGUUAUGAUUUAUCUGACAGGAAAGGCUUCAUUAAAGAAACAGUCAAAGAGUUGAUCUCAUGAUCUGAUUUGACCUUGGGAAAUGAAGAUUCCUGAUUUUAUGUUUCCAUGGAUUUGAAGAUCUAAUAGGCACCAGCAAAAGGAAUGUUUCUUACCCUUGUGGUAUUUAGUUGGAACUGAUUCUGCUGAUAUGUCAAAGGUGUUGAUGUAAAUUGCUUUGUGUAUCUUUUUAAAAAGAAAACAUACAAAGACUGCAUUUGAUGCAGUUCUUAGUUGAACAUACUCAAGUUUUGUGCAUGGCAAUAAAUGUUCCCUUUUUUAUAGUUUUUGUACAUUUUGGAUUGCUUUGUAUAACCAGAUUCAGCAGACCCAUCACAGCUUUUUAGCGAUUUACUAGCUUGCAGAAGGAGAUUUUAAAGUCAAGUAGGAUAAAAACUGCUUAUCUGCACAUAUACAUGCAGAGACUGGAAUAUUGCAGUAUUGGGUAUACUCAUAUUUUGAAAACAUAUCCCUUCUGAAAAGAAAUGACUUGGUCACAUCUUAAUGUCUUUUAUAUUCUGAUAACACUCUAGAGAUGCAGAAUUAUUCUGAAUGUAGAUAACUGCCUUGCAUGUGUAGGUGCUGUGGAAACUGUCAAAGCAUGGUAGCUAAUUGCAUAUAGAUGUUAUUUUUGUACUUUUAAAAAGCUUUCUGUUGUGUAUAUAAAGUUAUUUCAGUUUUCUUUUGUCCAAAUCGGUUUUUAAUCUCGUUUUCUUAGAGGAUUUAUGAUAUGAAAUGUCAGUGCUCAAUAGGGAGGCUGGGAAGAAAAGUGAGAUGCAGAUGUUUCAUGAAGCCUGUACAAAGAACUGAGGUUUUACUACUUGUUUGUCCCAUCUUACCUUGUACAGAAUCCGAACUGUAGUUUUUAUACCUAAGCUUUUCAGUGUUGAACUUUGUACAAAAGACUACAGCUGCGUUUGUUUCAAUGGCUCAAUCUAGCAAAGAGAACUCCCCUAGAGGCUGUAAGAAAAAAACGCAAAUUUCACUUUGAAAAUUCUUUACGUUUCAGUAUCUUGACUUGAUAGCCAAAAUUCUCGGAGUGGUUGGCCAAGUGGUACCCCUGGGAGGCUGAAUAGCUGUGGAAACCCUCCAAAGGGGCCUCCACCACGGGCUUCACUGAAACGUGCAGCUGAGCUGGCUGUGCUCUGUGUAGAAGCCCUUCCGCACCACGAUGCCUCAGCACAGGCACUGGUACUUGGCUCUGCAGGCUUGAACUCUGGCCUGCAGCUUUCUGGCUCAAAGGGAACACUUUGUAGAAAACUUUGUUUUUAAAACCCAGUAGGUUUCUGUUCUCCGUAUGCCAGGUUGCUAAUAGGGGAUGUCCUGCACUUACAAUUAUGAACUGCUAACAGCAAAUGCCAAAGUGUGGGCUGCUAAUAAUUCCAUGAGUUUCUGACUGUAGUACUGCUAGAGAGACAAAGCCUAUUUUUUUAAAUUUUAUUAUUGUACA